CCUGUGAACGUAACCGGAAGUGUGUGGUUGUUCAGCGUCGUAAUUGGUGGAGCACUGCUGCAUGGCGUGCCUCGCGACUGUUCCGCAGGCUCGUGACGCUGGUUGGUUUGAUCAACAAAACAAAAGACAACAAUUUGGACUGUUUAGUUUAAUUCUUUAUUCCCGCUUUAUAUGCGACACCACCGCAAUGGACGUCCUUGGAGGUUUGUCGCAGUGACGCCGUCAUGUCGCCGCCCGGUUCCGAGUCCGCGGUACAUGACGACGAGGAUGAAGAGAGACGUGCAUCUUCUGCUCACUGCUAAUUUCCAAGUCAGCAUCUCAUUACCUCGCCAUCAAGAUUUACCCGACAGAUUUGCAAAUGAAAAUGGAGGAUAUGGCCCUUUCAGGCCCAGACAACACCAGGCUGGAGGCUUUGGUCCAUGACGUCUACUCUGAGCUGGUGGAGGACGCCUGUUUGGGCCUUUGCUUCGAGGUGCAUCGAGCCGUGAAGCACGGCUAUUUCUUCCUGGAUGAAACCGACCCGGAAAGCACCAAGGAAUUUGAGAUUGUGGAUCAGCCGGGCCUGGACAUAUUCGGUCAAGUGUACAAUCAGUGGAAGAACAAAGAGUGCGAGUGUCCCAACUGCAAGCGGCUCAUCGCGGCCUCUCGGUUUGCCCCCCACCUGGAGAAAUGUCUGGGCAUGGGACGCAACAGCAGCCGUAUCGCCAGCCGCAGGUUGGCCAGCAACAACAACAACAACAACGUCAGCAAGUCGGAAAGCGACCAGGAAGACAACGACGACCUCAAUGACAAUGACUGGUCGUAUGGCGCCGAGAAGAAAUCCAAGAAAAGGAAGUCAGAUAAGAAUCAAAAUUCACCACGGCGAUCCAAGUCUCUUAAACAUAAAAAUGGUGAGCUUGGGACCAGCGUCAGCUCAGAAGCUUUCAAGUACAACAACUACAACGCCGGAAUCAGUUACGAAAGUCUAGCGCCCGAGGAAGUGAGAUCGUUGUUGACAACGCAAUGCGGCGUGAUCUCUGAACACACCAAGAAGAUGUGCACCAGGUCUCAGCGAUGUCCCCAGCACACGGACGAACAGAGGAGGGCCGUCAGGGUGUUCCUCCUGGGGCCGUCCGCGUCGGCCCUUCCCGACGCUGACACCGCGAUGGACAGUGAGACCUUUGACCUUCCCGACAGCGGCCAGAGCCUCAUUAGCCGACUGCAGUGGGAAGACUCUCCGGAUAUUUCCCCCACCGACUCCGCCUCAUCCAAAGCCAGCACAAACCACUCUGACCUUCGGAGACCCAAGAAGAAGAAGCGUAGCUCUAUGGCUUUUAACAGUGGAGGAGCUGAAGGAGGAAGUGGAAGCCUGACAGGCGGCGGCGGUGGAGGAGGAGGAGGAGGAGGAGGCAGCUCUCAGAGUAACAUCAGCAGCUUGGCCAGCAAAAAAAAAAGACCCAAACUUUCCGCACCUUCUAUUUCGAGCAUCUACGAUGACUUAAACUAGACUUUGGACAGAGGAUGAUGCAUUCAGGUGACGUUUUUUUUCUGUUUUGGGCACAGGUGGUGAGCACCGCAAAAUGUGACCGUGUGCAUGUAGGUCACACACAGUCACGUUGACACAUUCCUCUGCCGCUUUAUCAUUGCCUAUUUAGUAACAUUUUUUUUAUGUGGUACUUUAUCACACAACCAAGCAUCCUUGAAUGUGACAAGUUUGCAAACUCCUUUUUUGUGUAUUUUGUGUCAAGAGAUGUGCAGUGGACAUCAUGGAUCCAAAUGAUCUUGCAUGACAUUUUGUUUUUGCACAUUUGAUGUUCUUGUACAUGGUGGUGGAGAGCAGUGUGCACUGUAAACAAAGUUAAUAAGCUCAUUUGCAUCAACCUCAAACUGGAUAAACACAUCCUGAUGUCAUUUGAAAUAUAAUUGUAUAUAUUUUUAUAGUCCUGUGCAGUUUUGUAAAGUGUCAUUGGAGAUCCGGUCUAGUGUUGUGCACUAACCAGAAGUGUUGUAAAAAAUAUAUAUAUUGUUAGUGACUUUAUUAGCACUGUCACGCGCAUGUUUAGAAAUAAACCAAGACCGGGAGUAUUUUUAAAAUGAUUUUAAUUGGAGAUGUCACUAAAGUCCAGGACUCCUCCAAAUGUCUUUCAAUCAUUUUAUAAGUGCCAGAUGCAGUUUGGUCUCAUUCAUUCAUUCUUGGUUUUAUUUACAGAAAAUACACAUUGUACAGACAGGUGACUAAGAAAUUGCACACGUGAGCGGGUCUGCUCUAGUUUGUCUUCACAUUACAGCAUCUUCUCAAGUGUUACGUUAAAUUAAUUUCUAGACAAUCAUUUUUGAGCCACAAAAAAAAGUUUUCAGCUUAAGUCAACCUGAUUGAAACAAAGCUGAGAUUCCUGCACCUUUUUCCAAAAAAGCUACACACCGGAAAGCAAAACAUUUGGACCUAAGAGACAAGUGUACAAAGACACAAAUUGACAAACUUUAGUUGCAGACUGUCAGGGAGGUUCAUGUUUUUGCUGCCGUUUGUUAGCAGGAUGAAACAAAAACUACUUCAGUGAGAUGUAGUGGAGCUUCGUGGAGGUGUGGGGCCAAGGAGGGAGCCAUCAAAUGCAGGCGGACUUCUGCGUUGUUUUGUUGACACUGUGUAAUGGGCCAUUUUUUAAUAUAGUUUUAAAUUAAUGUCUGAUCAUUAAUUUUAUCUAUGAAGAUGUUGAUCCAAAUGAGGAUUUUUUUUAAGCCUUGGCGGAUGUCAACGGUCGUAAGUUCUACACAUUCAGCUGUGGUGUCCAUUUGACUUCCAGAGUUCUCUCCUUCCCGCCCUCUUCAGCGGCUGUGCAUCCCAAAAAUGAGGAAGCUAAAGAAGACAGUGACACCCACCAGGGAGAUGGUGGCAGGGGCAGUGAAGAACUGCCUGUAAUUGAUGCGGAAGUACCACACCACAGCGAGUAUCACCACAAAGAUGGGCACCACCAGGCUGCCCAUGCUGACGGCCACACCCGCCGCCCUCCAACCUCCUGAGACCGGUCCCGCUCUGGGCCUCGCCCCGGCCUGAGCCCCCGCAUCGGGGCUGCUGUCGUGUAAUGCCUGGGAGACGUGGCAGUGGAUGACGCUGUUGUGAGUAACGCUCAGAGAGAGCAGCGUUCUCUUGGGGUCCUGCAGCAGCUGGCCUCGAUAGAUCAGCUUGAUUUGGUGCUCCCGCCCAGAGAAGUACUUACUAUGCAAGAAAACAGAAGAAACAUUUUCUUAGGAUUGAUUUAUAGUUGUAUACACAAUUAACAGUGGUUAACUUCUUUUGUCCCUGUUUGAGCACAUCUCCCUCACUUGUUUGCUCCACUUCUGGCAUGUCGCUAAUGUGAUAUACAGUAUGGCAUCCAUUAUGCUGGACAUUCUAUUGAGCAUUAACGACCCCGCUAAUCUGAGGAUAGGUUUAAAAAAAAUAAAUUAUCCAAAAAUAGCCGCCUCUUUUUUUUUUGCAGGAAACAUGUUCCAUUCACCAUAGGUUGGUGGUAAUUUGUAAAUAUGUGAGCAUACAAGUAAAUACAUACCGCAUACAUGUACCACUGUUAGAACCUCCACAAAUUUGACAUGUUCAUGUCUUAUGCUUCACUAAUUUUUUUCUAUCAAGCGUUGACAUUGAGAAUUGUUCUUGGGUCCUUCAACGCACCAUAGUUGUGUGCUGUGACUCAGUGGUCCCCAACCUUUUUUGACCCACGGACCGCUACAUUAUAGCGAUCUAGUUUAUCUUAUUAUGUAUUGUGUAAAACUAAGACAUGAAUAACAUCAAAUUAAAAGCACAAAAUGAAUGCAGGCCCACCAUCCACCAGUUCAACUUCCAGCCAAGUUUUUCCAGAGAGAUGAGUACAUGGCUGUUUGGCAUGUGUGGUAAAAGGCAGUGCGCUAGCAUGAAUUAACUUGAGACAAAUGUGCACAUUAGCACUCAAUAAGUCAUCAAAACUUACCUUUAUGCAUUCCCACAUUAUAUCAGCAUUUGAGACCAAAUAUGAGGUGAAAGAAAAAUGCUAAAAAUACAGUAGUAUUCUAUCUGUGCGGCAUGAGACAAAGUUAGCACACGCACGGUGGACAUGCGUCAA